UCCAUUCGCUAAACUAUUCGGUGCAUUGUCAAGAUGUAUCGUUUUGCAUUCGUUUUGUUGUGUGUAGCAGCUUCCUCAGCUGUUCCAACCACCAAGGAUUUACAUCCUGAUACUGGAUUAAAUGUGAUUGAAUUAGUUGAGAAAUAUGAAUAUCCAAUUGAAAUUCACAGCGUUACAACUAAAGAUGGUUAUAUCCUCGAUUUACACAGAAUUCCCCAUGGUUUGAAUAACGCCGAAGAAACCGACAAACCAGCAAUUCUUUUGAUGCACUGCUUGUUGUGCAGCUCUGGAAUUUGGGUUGCUAUGGGACCCGAAAAUGGAUUGGCUUUCAUCUUAGCCGAUUUAGGUUAUGAUGUUUGGAUGCCAAACGCAAGAGGAACCACUUAUUCCAAAAAACACACCACCCUUGACCCCGAUGAAGACAAAAAAGAUUUCUGGGAUUUCAGUUGGCACGAAAUUGGUAGCAUUGAUGUAGCAACCUCCAUCGAUUACAUCUUAGAAACAACCGGUCAAGAUAGUUUAUACCAUAUUGGUCACUCCCAAGGAACCACGUCUUUCUAUGUACUCGCCGCUGAUAGGCCAGAAUAUAACGACAAGAUUAGAUUGCAUAUUUCUUUGGCUCCAGUUGUUUACAUGUCGCAUUUGGAUAAUAUUCUUUUGCAAUGGUUGGCUCCAUACGCCGAUUCCAUCGAAACCAUCGCCCAUAUUAUUGGAAUGUACGAAUUCUUACCCAACAUGGAGACCAUCCUUGAAAUUUUGGGCGACGUUUGUCACAACUCUUUAUCCGAACAAUGCAACAACAUUUUCUUCCAAAUCUUUGGUACAUCCGAAAAUAUUGAUGAAUGGAUGAUGCCCGUUAUUGCUACUCACCUCCCAGCCGGUGCUUCUCUUAAACAAUUCGUCCAUUAUGCCCAAGAAAUCGAAACUGGUAAAUUCAGCAAAUUCGAUUAUGGAUUAGUACAAAACUUGGUUGAAUAUGGACACGUAAGCCCACCAUCUUACGAUAUUUCCAAAAUUACCUGCCCAAUCGCUUUGUUCUAUGCAACUAGCGAUAGCAUGGCUGCAAUUGAAGAUGUCGACCAACUUUCUGGUGAAUUACCCAACUUGGUUUACAAAUAUUUGAUGCCCGAUGAAAGCUUCAACCACAUCGAUUUCUUAUUCGCUGAAGGUCUUGUUGAUAACAUGUACAAACGUAUCAUCUCAUUGUUAAGCAAAUAUUAAAAAAAAUGUAAUUUUUAUAGUAUUGAAUUAAAAAUAUUGCUUAAUAAAAAAAAA